UUUUUUUCAGAAAUCAAAAACGUAUUCACGAUAACCAUCCAGCGAUUGCGGUCUCUGUCUAAAAACCCAACACCACCUGUUACGUCUCUGCAGCUGUAUCUUACCAUCAUUUAAAAAUGCAUCGGGUUUUAGCGCAAUGCCUCGUUAUUUUGGCAUCCGUUUCUCUCUGCGUUUCUUCCUGUACUCAUUACUCUGUAAAGUUUAAAGGAGGUAAAUUCAGCUGUGUUGUGUUUUAAGCUGUUAUGCUUAAAAGUGAUUCUUUUUCGCAGAAUGUUUUAAAUAAUGAAAAAAAACUAUUUCAAUAUCCCAUCCAAUCCUAUUUCAGAAAUAGUAUUUGAUUAGUUUAAAAUACAGACAAUUAUGCAGUAAUCAAUGGACUAUUUUACAAAUAUAUUUGUAGUUAUCAGAUUUUGCUUACUGUAGGGGCUUUUAGGUGAGUUUAGUUUCAAUGUCAUCAUUCACAUCCAACUCAGAAGUUUUAAAGGAACGCUAUAGCAUUAGGAAUGCAAAACUGUAUUGUUAAAGCUAUAGUUCCCCUUUCCCUCUAGAGUCCCUUAUCGGUAGCCUUUAAAGGAUUCCACUGCGGAGGUUCCUCGCCAGGCUCCUCUUCCAGCAAUGUCAUGCCGAUAGGAAAACGAAUGCGUAUUUGUGCUGCAAGCGCCACGCACGCAUUAGUCCUUCCCUCUUAGGAAAAGAUUGAUAAAUGCUUUACAAUGGAGAUUUUGAAGACGCUGGACGUCCUCAUUGUUUCAGGGAGUUAAACUCCGUGAAUAUGCAGGAAGUGCGUCUAGUGGCAGUCUGUACCCUGCAAUGUAAACGUUGCAGUUUCCCUUAAACUAGUUAACACUAAAACUAGGGUUAAGGUGACAGGUAAAGUGUUCUAGGUACCUAUAGUGACCCUUUAAAGGAUUACUAUAGUCAGCAAAGCAACUUUAGCUUAAUGAAGCAGUUUUGAUGCAUAGAUCAUGCCACUGUAGUCUCACUGCUCAAUUCACUGCCAUCUAGGAAUUAAAUCACUUUUGUUUCUGUUUAUGCAGCCCUAGCCACGCCUCACCUAACCUUCAUAUUGGACCUAACAUAUGGGUGGGUGCCUAGAGUAAACCUUACAGAAAGAUUUCUAAUGUAAUGUCUCUGUUUUUUUGAGAAAUAUAUAUUUUUGUAGUUUUAUCCAAAAUAUAAUUACUUACGUUUUCCUAGUUUUAUCUAUGAUUUACAUGCUAUUUAAUAGACUUCCACUUAGACUAAAAUUAAACUAAAUACAUUCAGAUGAAAUAAUGAUUCCUGCUGGAACAGUCAUUCUCUAAACAUCUAUCACUUUUAAGUUUCUAAUGACUGAUGUUUCAUUUUUGUUUUUCCAGCAGACAGCCACAAGACACAGAAGAAGAUGAGAAGUUGUCAUUGUAAGUUGGUAUCUCCUAAUAAUUGCUACUAUUCUCGCUGUAUGUGCUUCACACAUGGUUAGAAAGGAACUGUCACUCCAGGCAAGUUCCUUCACCUCAGAAAACGCUAUUUUCGCAUUUACUGAGGUGAAUACAUUCUAAAUACAUUCAGAUGAAAUAAUGCUUUCUGCUGGAACAGUUAUUUUCUAAACAUCUAUCACUUUCAAGCUUAUUUUUACUGAUGGUUUCAUUUUUGUUUUUCCAGUAGAGGGCAACAAGGAACAGGAGGAGUGGAAAGAACAUGGUUGUAAGUUGACAUCUUCUACUAAUGUUACUAUUCUUGCUGUAAGUGCUUCACACAUUGCUAAAGAGGAAAUAUUACUCCAGAGAAGUCCUCUCACCUCACAAAACGCUAUUUCCGCAUUUACUGAGGUGAAUAACGCAGUGGAAGUAAGUUAAUAAAAACGUACCUUUCCCACACUUACUUAUUGAGGUAAUAUCUCCAUCCCAUGAUGCCUUGUGCAGUGUUCCUCUCUGUCUCAUUAGAGAUAUCUUUGCCAGAGGCUCAAGGAAGCAAGGUGAAUGGUCAUUGUGGGACCCACCUAAGGGGGUCUGCCUUGGCGUUGGCGGGCGGACAUUCCCUCCGAUGGCCAUUGGAGUAACUAAAUAGGGAUUUAGGAGAGAGCACAGGUAACUUUUUCCUUGGUUUUUACUGUAUGUAUUGGGGCUGAUGUGUACUGUGGUCGUUGCUGCUGCCCAGGAGUGAUGGGAGUGAGCGCAGGACUUUUUUUUUUUGUAUUAGUGUUCCUUUAAGUGUUCAUUUAUUGUGCAGUUUGGCUUCAUGUUUAUAAUUUGGUUUAUUUAUACAUGGGUGGUUUGCUUAUUCCUGGGCCUUCUAUUUAUCUAUCUAUCUUCUGAUCUAUGGAGCAGUUAUCUUUGCCACAUUGUUACCGCUUAGUCCCUGGAGGAUAUAUUAAUGCUACUUAAUGUCCUUGUUACAAACAUAUUGCAACUGUUUCUCUGAUAGGUGUUGAACGUUUAUCCAUACACAAUUUUGUGACCAAGUGAUAUAUUAUGCUUCUACUCUAGUAGCUGUGUGGAUUGUCUUAAUUGUCUUAAUUUUAAUUUUAUAUAUGCUUUAACUUUCACCUUGCUCUUUUAUCAUAGAUUGUGUUUGUAUAUCUCAGACAAAAGUUAAAGGGUCACUAUAUGCACCCAUACCACUUCAGCACAUUGAAGUAGUCUGGGUGCAAUGUCCCAGAUCCCUAAACCCUGCUUUAAUAAACUGCAAUAAUUAUCUUUGAGGGUUCACUCCACCUUUAGUGGCUGUCUACCAGACAGCCACUAAAUGGACUUCCAGGUCCCCUAAUUUUUGGUCACCUAACUGACACGGGACAUCCUCACGCUAUGCAUGAGGACAUCCAGCGUCACCCAAACCCUAAGCACUAAGGUGAGUGCAGCCAUCGUCGCGCAUUCACAUUAGGUAUCUCCCGCCACCUGACAUUGACGGGGGAGAAGCGGAGGUGUAGCUACAUCCAGCGCUGUGGCACAUUGGCGUUGGAACAAGGUAAGUGACAGAAGGUGUUUCUAACCCCUUCUGCACCGUGGGGGUGUUUUCCUGAUACUAUAGUUUUCCUUUAAGUUUUAACCCUAUCCCUUAUGUUGGUUUAUCUCCUGCAAUGUAUUUCCUGUGUGAGAGGCUGUUAGUGGGCAGAUGGGAAGUGAUCCCUUCCUCUUAUUGUCCAGCUUCACACACAGACACUUAAGGAGCUGGAAAAGCACUGAGUUUUACACACUCUAUAACUAUUUCUGCAGCUCAGCUAUUAAGACUGACUGGGCUACAGAGGACACUGGCCAAGGCUCCUGGUACUUAUCUCUCCCGACCAGCUUAUUUAAGCUCCAAAAGGAAAACUGUGAAUCCUGAAAACAGGAGCCCCCUAGUGGUCAGGCAUCUCUAGACAGGUGCCUAAUGGUCAGUCUGGCCCUGCCUUUUGUAAAGAGUGAGCCUAGGCCUGCAGCAGGACCCGCUGCAUGGUCAUAUCCUGGCUUGUUGUAGUUUGUUAGUGGAGCCAAGACCAGCAGUCUCUGGAUGUCCAGAACCAGAGCUGGUUGGAUUAGUAGCAUUUUUAGGCAGACCAUCGCCCCUUUCACGGAUGAGACAACUGAUAAACAGCAGUGAUAAAGAAGCUUUAUAAACAGCAAUUGAACUCCUAAAUGGCAGAGAAUUGAGUAGUAAGGCUGCAGGGGCACGAUCUAUAAACCAAAACUGCUGCAUUAAGCUAAAGUUCUUUUUGUGCUUAUUUUGUCCUUUUAAUAUCUGCUCUUACACCUUUCUUACUUGUCCUAUACAUUAUUAUUGCAGGGUGUUCGAAAUGUACAUAAAUACAAUUAUAAAAUAAAAAUUAUUAUUACUAGCAAAACUUUUUUUAUUUAAUCUGUUUUCUUGUCAGCUGCCCAUUGUACAAUAACCAUACAGAAAGAUAACGAUGUCCAUGUCAUUUGUACUAAUGUACCUGGACUGAAAACAGCAAACGCAACCUGGAACAUGACUGAACUUAUUAAUUGUACGAAUGAUAAACCUGGGGAAAAUGAGAAUGGAACGUUUACUUAUUCCAACGAUAUUUUAACUCUAAAACUCAAAAAUGUGACUCAACCAGGCAACUAUGGCUUGAAGAUCGAUAUAGGCAGCGACUCAAUAAAACCCUCAGAAUGUAAUGAGGACCUGGAUGUGACAGGUGAGUGAAAGAUCUGGACUGUUACUUCUCCUAAGUGUUUAAUCUGUAUGCAUGGGAGGUACAGAGAUAUUUGGGGAAGAAUAAGAUACCUGCAUGAGUGACAGAUAAGCAUCGGUGAGACAUGGGAAGGACAAGGGAAGGAUUGAAAAGUCUAAUGAUAGAGUGGAAGGACCAAUCUCUUGCCAUACAGUUUCCUUCUGUGCUGUAAAGAGAGAAAUGGCAUGUAAAUAGAUUAAAAGGGGAGAGAAAGAACACAGAAUAUAUGCUGAUAAUGAGGAAAAAAUUAUCUGGUAUUGUAUAGUGUGAUGGCAAAAAAAUAACGUUGGAUGAUACAAAAAUGUAAAAAUAGAGAGAGAGAAAUUAACUAAAUAUUUAGAGAGGAAAAGAGGCCGCGGCAGAGAACGGAAUGUGAUCUGUAAGAAGGAAGAGCUGAAUGGAGGAGAGAUAAUAAAAAGAAAAAAUGCCUUGGAGUAUUAGAGAGGAUAGAAGGCAUAAAGCCGUUCCUUUCAAGAUAUACCUCUGGGGGUAUCUUGAAAGGAACGGCUUUAUGCCUUCUAUCCUCUCUAAUACUCCGAGGCAUUUUUUCUUUUCUUUUCUUUUCUAUGUCAUUUGGGUACAUGCCCAUCUAUACCCACAUAGUCCUAUUUUGAAUUUUGGGAUUACGUUUGCUCUGAUCCCAUCAGUUCGCUUUUCUUUUCUGAGAUAAUAAAAUGUCAGACUCCAAAUGCCUAAACCACUUUAGCUUGAAAUAAACAUGUUGCUUACCAAAUGCAUUUCUUGAUUGAGCCCGCAAAACUAAAUGCACAGGACAUUCUUUGCUGGUAUAUUAUCAUUUAUUAUCUAUAUUAUGUUUGCUGUAAAGCGUCCUUAUUAGCAGAUUUUCAGUCCUGUGUUAUUUUUUUAUGGUCGACAACUUUUAAGUUGGAAUUUUCAGCUCAAAUGGUAAAGAAUCUGACAUUAAUUCCAGUCUUCUAUUCCUAACUCAGGGAGAGACUGAGGCAAGUCUGUUAAAUUUUAUCUGGAAGAAACACGCUCAGAUAAAAACGAUACUCUCUGCAGUGUGACUCGAGAAUCUAUCAAUUUCAAGUAGGUUUUAAUGUUUACAAUUUCUUUUUCUCUACAGAAACAGAUUGCGUCACCAGCCCAAUCUCGAGUCCAAGUAGGUUUUAUCACCUGUUGAUAUUAUCAUUCUUUCUGUAUGUUUUUAAAGUUUGUUUAAUAUUUUUUAUGUUGUAAAUUGACCGUUUUGACUACUACUACUUCAUACGGUUAGGUGUAUAAAAGAUGUAAUCAUAGAUAUAUGCUAAUAUAAAUAUAACGCCCCCUACCAAUGACGUAGGUGCAGAUAUCGAACUAAAACAAGAUAAUCAAGUAAGCCAUCAUAGGUAGGAAACUUAGUAAAAGCAAAGAUCACAUGAUCAGGUUGAGCAGGGGAGGGCUGGCAGCCUUAGGCCUGGGGGGCAAAACCAGUCAAGUGGCCCAUUGCACCACCAAAUCAGUUCACCAUCCAUGCCCACCUUUUCCUGGUUUUAUAACGGAUAUUGAUGUUAUGCUAAUCAGUAGCUCUUUGCCAUACCCGCUCCUUCACGGCUCCAGGCACUGCUUGUUGUGAGUGUGAGCCACUGUAAAUUAGGGGCAGAGGGCACUUGCACUGUGGUAAAGAUGGGGCUGGACAGGAGGAGAGUGCAGUGCAAUCAGUGCACUCCCCUCCUGUGGGUCACCAGUAGACUGGUGCACCUGCCCAGGAUCAGUGCCGGUGCAAGGAUUUUUGCCGCCCUAGACAAAAUAAAAAUUUGCUGCCCCCCAUGUGACAUCACAAUGCCCCACCCAUAUGAUCUGCCAUAUGAACUAACGCCAGUGCUGCACACAGUGUGUGUUUACAUUAAAAAGCCUGCAGGGACCAGCUAUAGACACCAGAACCACUUCAUUAAGCUAUAGUGUCCCUUUAAUGUGAGGUAAAUUAUAGAUUAGUGUCACUAAUAAUAUACUAGAUUGCCUACUUACAAGCAGAUGAGGAUGAUGAUGGGCUGCAGUUUGGCUCCACUGGUCUGGUGUAGAACAGGAUCUCUGGAGGCUGUUUGCAACUGUGGUCACAAAAUUCAAUGUUCUGGGAGAAUUGGAAGCAGCUCCAUUUUUUGGGGCCCCUUACACAGCUCAAGGUCUGGGCCCCAGGGCCUGACGGUGAGUAUGCCCAUAAGGCCCACUCAUAAGUUCUACCCACCCAUGAGUUCACUCACAGGGAGUGGAGUGUGUAGGGGAUGUGUUAUGUGUUAUUGUAGAGGAUCUAAUAUGUGUGCUUAUGGUAUGUAGUGUAUAGGGUUACCAGUUUGUGCAGGUGAUGUGGUGUGUUUGUGUGUAGUGGAAGCAGUGUGUAUUUGUGUAUAAGGGAUGUAUUAUGUGUUUCUGGUUGUGUGUAAGGGAUGCAUUGUGUGAAUCUGUGUUUGUAUGCAUAAGGGAUGCAAGGUGUGUGUGUGUAUGUGUGUGCAUUGAGUGUAAGAGAUGCAUUGUGUUUCUGUGUGUAUGUAAGAAAAGAAGUGUGUGUGUUUGCAUAUGUGUGUACGGGUUUGCAUUGUCUGUUUCUGUGUAUGUGUGCAAAUGAUGCAUUGUCUUUGUGUGUAAGGGUUGCAUUGUGUGUGUGUGUGUGUAAUGGAUACAUUGUGUGUUUCUCUGUGUGUAAGGGAAGCAUGUUGUGUUUCUGUGUAUGUAUAGGGAUGCAUUGUGUGUGUGUGCGCGUGCGUAGUGUGAAAGAGCUCCCUGUCUUGGCCCCUGUCCUAUAGAGCUGCCCCUUCUGUCCCGUAGAGCUCUCCCCUGCACCUUAGUGGUCUCUCCUCUCCCCUGCACCUUAGUGGUCUCUCCUCUCCCCCACCCUCCCCUAGCGGUCUCUUCUCACACUCACCCACCCUCCCUGUGCUCUUCUCACUCCUCCCUCUAUGUGUUCUCCUCACACCCCUUGUGUUCGUCUUACCCCCCUCCUCCCUGUGUUCUUCAUACUUCCCCCCUUGGUCGUCUUACUCCCCCACCUGUUCUUCUUAACCCCCCUUCUUCUUAUUGCUCCCCCUUCUUCUUCUUACCCCUUCUUCUUCCUCUUCCUCCCCCUUCUUCUUCUUACUCCCCCCAUUUCUUCAUACUCACCCUUCUUCUUACCCCCUCUUCUUCUUCUUACUCCCCACUCUUCUUCUUCUUACUCCCCACUCUUUUUCUUACUCACCCCUUCUUCUUCUUACCCCCCUCUUUUUCUUAUCUCCCCUCCUUCUUACUCCGCCCUCCCCCUUUUCUUAUUCCCCUCUCCCUCUUACUCCGCCCUCCCCUUUUCUUAUUCCCCUCUCCCCUCUUCUUGCGCCCUCUUCUUCUUGCUCCCCCCUCUUUUCUUACUCCUCCUCUUCUUCUUACUCCCUCCUCUUCUUCUUCUUACUCCCCCCCAUCUUUUUUCAUUACUCACCCCUUCUUCUUCUUACCCCCCUCUUUCUUAUCUACCUCAACUAGCCUCCCCCUCCCCUCUUCUUACUCCCCCCACUCCCUCUUCUUGUUUCCCCCCCUCCUCUUCUUAUUCCCCCAGCAUUCCCCACUCCUCUUCUUGUUCCUCCUCUUCUUGUUCCUCACUUCUUAUUCCCCUUUUUUUGUCCCCUCCUCUUCUUGUUUCCUCCUCUUCUUGUUCCUCCUCUUUUGUCCUCCUCCUCUUCUUGUCCCCCUUCUUGUUCCCCUCUUUGGCGUUUCCUCCCUCCUCUUUGCCUCCUCCUCCUCUCUUCUUCCCUCCUGUGAGGUGGCCGGGCUGCUCGGUCAUGGGUCGGCCGUUCGACACGGAGAUGGGAAGGUGCACUCGGUGUGCUUCCUGUCAGUCGGUCGAUGGCUGGAGAAACUCGGCGUGGACAGGGUUUCUGUUUCCUGUAACCGACUUGGACUGACGGAAGUGCACACUCGGUGUGUACCCUCCUAUCACUCCGGGCCGUGGCCGUCCAACUUGGACCGGGUGCGGCUGGACAGCUUCUGGGGUGGGGAGGCUGCAGCCGCUGAGCUCUUAACAGAGCGCUCAGGCGGCUGCAGUAUUUAAAGGGCCGGCCCGCCGCGGCCGGCCUUACAGGAAUUUAGGGCGGCCUGGGGGGCAAUUGCCUCCCUGCCCCCCGGCCCAGCCCGCCCCUGAGGUUGAGCAUGGUAAAUCAAUAAGCAUCGGAUCUCAGACUAGCAAUGCUCUAAGCAUCUCAAGCAAUACAAUACAUUUUUAACAAGCUUUAUUCCAUCAACAGUGAUGAGAAGGACACACAUUGAGAGCUACAGACCAGGUUAUCCUGGAAGUGAAAAACACUUAUUAAUUGUAGAAUGUAUACAGCCAUCAAACAGUAACCAACAUCACAAUACAAAAUAUCACCAUAGUAUACCCCUGCUGUUGAGAUCUGAGCCUGUCCCUGUGUGACUCUAUUACAUGUGAGUGCAUUCAAUAUCCACUUACUGCACGUCCUAACAUUCUUUUGCAACUUGCUAUAUAUGGAGAUAUGCUCAAAACCACAAUACACGAAAGCACAAGCAAAUUAUGAUAAUUUAAUAAUGGCAUCAUAAUAACAUUUAAAGGGACACUCUAUCCUCUGUCUUGUUUGUUAAUACCGCCUUGGCUGUGCAAAGGCAGUGUUUAUUUUGAGCUCUAGGUACUCCUCAAGUGGUUGUCAUUCAGAAACAAGAGAUACUUCCUCCGUAGAGUCAGGCAAUGUUUUCAGGAAUGACGUUCGUUGUCCUUAUGCCCAGCAUGAAGACACCAAAUGCUCCCCAUAUAUAUGCCUUAGUGAAAUGCAUCUCUACGAGCAGAUUAUGAUUGGCACAGGAAAGUGAUUACCACACAUGUUUAGUUUGUCUAAUAUCACCAUUAAUGAUUAUCUCAGUGAAUCUAAAAAAGCAGGAAGAAACCCUAGCAUUAGAAAUACAUUUUUAACGUUAGUUUCCCUUUAAUAAAAUGUUUGCACUUGAUAUGUAGCUAUGUAAACAAAAAAAUGAACACAAGUGAGAUUCAGUAUUUUUGCUAGUUUGAUCCAUAAUCCCAACAAGAUAACAUUAAAGGAUCACUAUAGGGUCAGGAACACAAACAUGUAUUUCUGACCCUAUAGUGUUUAACCCACCAUAUAGGUGGCUUGCCCCCCCUACCCCCCCUUAACCCCAGUGGGGCGCGGGUUUGCCGGCACUGACUCCGUCCCCUUUGUGACAUCAAAAUGGCAGAUUUUAAACUAAUCCAAUGCUUUCCCAUAGGGAGAGCAUUGGAUUGGCUAAAAAGCGGCACAGGGGUGGGGCGUUUUGGCCAAUCAGGAUAUCCUCAUAGAGAUGCAUUAAAUCAAUGCAUCUCUAUGAGGAAAAUCCAGCGUCUCCAUACAGAACGUGGGGACGCUGAACGGCAGGGCUGCUUACUGUGCAGCCCUGAACCAGGAAGCCCCUCCAGUGGCCACUUGGAGGUGUCUCUAGGAGCAAUGUAAACACUGCCUUUUCUUUGAAAAGGCAGUGUUUGCAUAUAAAUGCCUGAAGGGAACUAUUAUACUCACCAGAACAACUACAUUAAGCUGUAGUUGUUCUGGUGAGUAUAGUGUCCCUUUAACUGGUUUUAGUAGUCCAUGCACAAUACAUGCCUUGCCUCCCCCCACCCCCAUUCCCCUCAAUUAGGUAAGGGUUAUUAAUCUACUGGGAUUAUACUACCAAAGGGGCCAGCAGUCUACACACACAUAUCAGAGCCAAUGCCCUCCUUACUCCCAUGUGGCUAGGGGUCUUCAAACACCUACUCCACUCAUCUUAAUACUGAGGGGACCCAAAAAGUAUAAUACCUGUAAAAUAAAAAUUCAUACUUGCUUUCAAAAUUCUUAUUUACUCAUUAAUUGUCUUUUUUCACCACCGUCCCCAAAAAGACCAAAUUAAAUUAAAUAAACAUAAUACGGGACAACUAAUUUAAAAAAAAAUAAAUAAAUAAAUAAAAAGCCAUACACACAAAAACCUCAUACAAACAAUGAUUCUGUGAAAAAGUGCGACUGUGAACUGCAAAAUCGGAAGGUAUUUAACUUCCUACAAAGAAAAAUUCCAAACUACAAUUGGUAUCACUGAAUUAAAGUAAUGUAGCUGAACCCAAAGUGAGUUUUAAUUUUCUAUAUAAUAAUAGUUUGUUAUAUUUUCUGUAUAUACCAGUUUAAUAUUUAAUUGUUUUAAUAAUAAAUUCCAUGUUAAAGGAACACUCCAAACGCUAAAGCACUUUAGCUUACAAUUAAUAUGUUUAACAAAUGCAUAUCUUUAUCGAGCCUCGAAAACUAAAUAAACAGAACAUUCUAAACUGAUCAGUCACAACAUUAAAACCACCUUCCAAUUACAAAUGUAUUAGAAUUUACUUUGACUUAUAACUAUAUAAUGUAUACAAAUAAAAAUGGCACAUACCUUACAAAAUUUAAUUAAAUGUAAAGAACCUGGGAUACUAUUUUUAACAAUGCCUUAAACUUGGUGUUUGACAUAACCAAUGAUAAUUCUUUCUGGCUUGUUAACUGUGUAAAAAAAAAAAAAACAAUCCUAUUUUAGAUGAGAAUAUUACAAUUGAUGGAACAAUUGAUUUAACUAAAUUGUGUAUCAAUUACCAAAAUUGUUUUAUUUUACUGCACUGCCACCAUAUAUCUGUCAUGGAUCCCAAUUCACCACAGUUUCUCAUAACAUACAUCAGCAGAAUUUUGAAAAAUGUUCUUUAAUCUUGCAAGAACAACAUACCACCUAUAUACAAUUUUAAAAUUAAUUUCUAGAUGGUUGGAACAUUGCGUGCUAACUUGAAGGGCAUUAGUAAUUGUAUACCAAUCUUUUCAAAUAAUUAUCGUAAUUUAAAAAAAAAAAAACAUUUUAAACCUGGUAAAUAUAACUGGGUAAAAGGGUACAUUAGAAAAAAAAAAGGGAAAAGGGGGAACAAUUUAUCCAUCCACAAUUUAGGGGUCUAUAGAGAAGAGAAUCUUUUUAUACUUGCUAUAUACUGUAUAGAUAUAUACAAAAAUGAGGAUGCAGCUGUAGAUCUACAAAAAACAAUAGUGUAACACUGUAUGAUAAAGUAUAAGUGCACUGUGUAGAAUAUAACUCACAAGAUUGAUGAAUGGUUGGCGCCCAAGGGUGCCUCCCCGAUGUAGAUGGGGGGCGUUAACACUGUUUCUGCUCCAAGGAAGAUGAAAUACGACGCAGGAUGUGGAGUAAAAAAAGGUUUCUUCUUUAUUUAAAAGAAUUAAAAGUAUAAGUAUACAAAUAAGCUGUUAUAGUAUAAGGUCCUACGCUUUUCGUCCGAAUGGACUUCCUCAGGGACCUCCAGGUAUACUGAUACGUAACAGCAAUAAAACACAUACAAAUGAACAAUGAAAAAAAAAAUCUUUUCAAAUAAUUAUCACAAUUUUUUUUAAACGUGGUAAAUAUAACUGGGUAAAAGGGUACAUUAGAAAAAAAAAAAGGGAAAAGGGGAAACAAUUUAUCCAUCCAUAAUUUAGGGGUCUAUAGAGAAGAGCAUCUUUUUAUACUUGAUAUAUACUGUAUCUGAUCAGUUAAAUUAUAAACUAGACUCUUUUUCCCAUGAUAACAUGAGAUCUAAAGGAAGAUUAGCAAUAUAAGUCAAAGUACAUUCUAAUGCAUUGUAAUAGACUUUAUAUUGGUCAAAAGGUGAUUUUAUAUAAUCCCCUUUUUAUUUUAUUUUAUUUUUGUUGUUGUUUGUUUUCCUUUUUUUAUUGUGUUUAUAUUUGUUAAAAAAAAACCUCAAUAAAAUAAUUUGAAAAGAAAAGCAAAAAACAAAAAUAAAAUCAAAAUACCGGCCUAAUAUCAUGUAGGCCCCCCCUUGUGCUGCCAAAAAAAGCUCUAAUGGGUCAAGGCAUGGACUCCACAAGACCUCUGAACAUGUCCUGUGGUAACAUUAGCAGCAGAUCCUUUAAGUCCCACAAGUUGCGAGGUGGGGCCUUCCAUGGGUCAGAUUUCUUGUUCCAGCACAUCCCACAAAUGCUCAGUCGGAUUGAGAUCUGGAAAAUUUGAAGGCCAAGGCAACACCUUGAAUUCUUUGCUGUGGUCCUCAAAUCAUUCCUGAACUGUGUUGUUUUUUUACAGUCAACAACAUCUUAAGUUGGAAUUUUCAGGUCGUGUGGUAAAUAAUGUGGGUGUCUUUUUUAUUUUGUUGUUCUUAAAGAUCUAUCCAACAUCCAAAGAGAAAGUUCAAUAGAUGGUAAGUUUUAUGUCCUGAUGAAAUUACCAUCCUUUCUGUAUGUAUUUCCAGCUUGUUUAAUAUUUUUUAUGUUGUGUCUUGACCAUUUUGUCUAGGGUUGUUACAUUAGUUUACGUCUAACUGCUAAAAUGAUAGAUAUGUAAACCUGAUAAAAGUGCAGGCCUCAACCGAAACAAAAGUAACCUAGUGAAAUAACCGAGUAAUAGCAAAGAGAUUAUCUCCUAACUCACUGAUAACGUGAGAGGACUCCACACAGGAUUUCUUCCCUUCAAGUAAGAUAAAUCAGUAAGCAUGUCGGUCAAAAUGUUAUAUAGCAUAGUUCGCUUUUUAUUUCAUUUUAUUUUUGUUGUUGGUGGUGAUGCAUUUUCACAUUUUAUUGUGUUUAUAUUUGUUAAACAUUUAUAUUGAGUGUUCUAUAUUUUUUGUAAUUGCACAAUUUUUUUUAUAAAAUAAUAAAAAAUAAAUAAAAACAGCUGUCUUAAAUUGUGUAGUUUCCCCCUGUGCUGCCAAAACAGCUCUGAUGCAUCAUGGCAUAAACUACACAAGAACUCUGAACAUGUCCUGUGGUAUCUGUCACAAAGACAUUGUCACCAAGACAUUAGCAGCAGAUCCCUUUAAGUCCUUCAAGGUGCGAGGUGGGGCCUCCAUGGAUCAGAUUUGUUGUUCCAGCGCACAUCCCUCAGAUGCUCAAUUGGAUUGAGAUCUGGGGGAAAUAGUGGCCAAGGCAACACCUUGAACUCUUUGUUAUGAAGCUCAAAUCAUUCCUGAACUGUUGUUUUUUUACAGUCGACAACAUUUUAAGUUGGAAUUUUCAGCUCAUGAGUUGUUGUUUUUUUAAUUUAAUUUUAUUUUUUUUAUAGGUAAAUUUGACACCCAAAGCGAUAAUCCAAACAAUCGUAAGUUUUAUGGUCUGCACAGAAUCUCUUCCCUUCAAGCAAGAUAAAUCCCUAAACAUCAUAUCACAGACUUUAUGUUGGUCAAAAUGUGAUAUUUUAUAGUCUCCUUUUUAUAUAUACUGGCAAUGCUGUAAGGAGGUCUCACAUAAUCCAAAAUAUUUUCAACAAGCUUUAUUCCAUCAACAGUGUUGACAAAGAUAGAUAUGAGCCAGUGACAAGACUAUGUGUAUGUAAAAAGUACUUAAUUGUAGACUGUAGAAUACAUACAACCAUAAACCAAGAAGCCUAGUAAGAAUAAAAAAGUCACACAAAACAGAAAUCCCUGAAAAAAAUAAACUGUAGCACCAAUUCCAAUUACCAACAUUAUUAAUAUUGUUAGGCAAGUCUUAAGGCCAGCUACCACAGGGCUUACCUCUUGUGAAGAGGGUUAAGUAUUUGCCAAAUAGUACUGAUUAUUAGCAUUUGUUUGCAAAAAAACCCACAUAAUUUAUUAAAGCCUUUGGUCCCAAUUUUCUUAAAAUCUGGUCAAAAUGUGAUGUUUUGUAAACAGACCCUUAAUAUUAUAUGCACUUGCUGACAAAGGCUUCUAAUUAUUGCAAAUGGCUCUCACACUGAUCACUCAGCAAUCUAGGGACAGGGUUAGUGUUAGCUAUGGCUGGGGUCAGGACCAGACAUUUUGGGGCCCCUGACAAAGCCCAAGGUCUGGGAAUUUGCAAAAUGUUGUUAUAGCGCUAGUAGUUUAAUAGCAAUCGCCAAACAUUUAGCUUUCAAAUAGUGAUUCAGUCUUUACAAUAUUUGCCCUAUAUCAUUCAAAAUUUGAUUGAAAUCAUAUGUGACAUUUCAACAAUCGGGGAUAUUUAUUUUGAUUUCUUUUGUACCUUUCCUAAAGAGACACUAUAGUCACCUGAACAACCUGCAGGCUUUUUUUUUUUAUCAGAGAAAAUACAGUGUUUACCUUAGAGCCUAGGAACACCUCCAGUGGCAGUCACUCAGACGGUGCUGCCUGAUGUUCUUGUCCUAAAUUACAUUUUACACAGUUACAUAGCUGAAAAGAGACUUGCGUCCAUCAAGUUCAGCCUUCCUCACAUUUGUUUUUGCUGUUGAUCCAAAAGAAGGCAAAAAAAACCCCAGUUUGAAGCACUUCCAAUUUUGCAACAAACUAGGAAAAAAAUUCCUUCUUGACCCCAGAAUGGCAGUCAGAUUUAUCCUUGGAUCAAGCAGUUAUUACCCUACAUUGAAAAACUAUAUCCUUGAAUAUUCUAUUUUUGCAAGUAUGCAUCUAGUUGCUGUUUGAACAUCUGUAUGGACUCUGAUAAAACCACUUCUUUAGGCAGAGAAUUCCACAUCCUUAUUGUUCUUACAGUCUAAACGCAUGACCUCGUGUCCUAUGUUUUAGUUGCAUACAUAAUCUCUAUUACACCACCUAAAAUUUUUCACACGAUGUUACAUGUUGAUUUCCAAUUAAAUCUACCACUUUCACUUUUUUUACAUAAUUCCUCUCCAAAUCUCUUCCAUGUGGGUUGCGGGUGAGGGAGGGGUUAUCGAUGACUAAUGAUAGAAGAUCUAUCUGACAUAGCUUUUUACUUAAUAUUUGUUAAUCUGAUUAUCACGCAGGGGGGCGUAGUUGGCAAUUACCGCUGGGUAUCUUCGUGGCUGUGCUCUUAGGCGGUUUUGCAGUUUAUGCCUUGUGGAUACAUAAACAAAAGGUGAGUGCACGGAACAGGAGCCAGGCAUCCUUGGCAAAUGCAGUGAUAGAGCGCAUUCAAUAGAGCUUUUCUUUUUAUUUAUGUUAUUAAAAACCUUUAAUCUUAGUAAUAAAAGGAGAUAAAGGAAGACUAUGGUCACAAUUUAAAAAAGAAGCUGGCGUCAUAGUAUUAAGAGAUUUCCCGUUCAUUCCACCAUGCUGAGGAAGGACAUAAUUUAGGCAUCUUUAGUCAUUUUGUGUUAAAUUCUCUACAAUUUGGGGUUUAUUGAUAAUGAGCGGAGACAUGGUGAUAGAACACCCAAAAACUGAGGGAAUAAAGAAGUGGAGAAACCACUCAAUAGGAAGAGAUCAAGAAAAUACAUUGCAAAAAUACAUUUUGUAGAAAUUGCCAUUUUAUCUAAGGUUGUCCCUGCUUGGCAACAUGGAAAGUCUUGGAACCAAAUUUUACCAUAGAAACCAACUUUACGAUACACACCAGCUUUGUUCUAUCUUCCCCUGCCAGGAAUAUGGUAUAUAUGUUAUACACAAUCUGUUUCAGUACAUUCUAAGACAGGGGUGCUUAAAAGGUAGGUCCCCAGAUGUUUGAAAACUACAAAUUCCACGAUGCCUUGCCAUGCUAAAGGCAUGCAAAGACAUGUAAAAGGAUCAUGGGAGUUGUAGUUCUACAACAUCUGGCGAUCUACCUUUUGGGCACCCUGUUCUAAGAGUUGUAAUAAUCAGUAGACUAAGCACUCAAUGCAUAAGGAAUAGAAGUAUGUUAUCUAAGUGGUGAUCCAAUUCCUUUUUGUUUAAUUUUUUGGUUGAUUAGUAGCAGAGUGUGUGUGUUUGCACAGCAAUGUGAGUAGCUAUGGGGCGGGCGUUCACAGAUCAGGCUCUCUCAGACUAAUAAAACCAGAAUACAAUAGUGACCACCUCUAACUACCAACACACCAGUUAAUACGAAAAACCGAAAUGAACAUACACAUUUUUUUUUAAAAAUGGUGUGGUGGUGUGGUGUUCUGGUAGUGUUUAGUGUUUUAAGUGAUUAUAGAUUACGAAGAUUCUUUAAUAUUCCAUCUACUGAGAUGUGUGGUACUAGUCCGUGGCCAUUAUUAGUUUGUGAAGACCACUGAAAGAGUAAGCCUUUUUUAUAUUCCUCUCACCUUUAAUUAUAUUGGUGUUUUAUCACUAAAAGAGGAAUACAUAUAUUAGUUUGUAUUUUACUUUUUACACACAAUUUUGUGUCUCAGACUGAAUCCAGCGAUCUCAGAGGCCUACAGCAAGAUACACCAGGCAGGAGGUAGGUAGGGUGUAUUUAACAUGCAGAGCAGGCACCCGUAUCAGGAACCCACCUAAGGGCAGGUACCUAUUAUGCCUAAUGAGAAAUCCAGCCCAGCUGUUACCAUAACCACUAUAGUACUCUGUAGUAGUAAUAAUGCAAAGAGUGUUCGUUUAAUGUUUUAUAGAUUAGUGAAAACUGGAUAUGGGUAUCGUGAUAAAUAUAAAGCCUAAUGUAUUACUGUUAUUAGACAUUACAUGAUGUUCCUUUGUGCUUCAGACGGCUUUUAGGUAAGUUACCAUUUAUGCCAAACUCUCACAUAACGAAUUUGGAAGGAUGAAGGCCUAUUGCAAGAACAUUCCAAGCACCAUAACCACUAGAGCUGUGUGAAGUAGUUAUGGUGCCUAGAGUCUGCUUCCAGAGUAAUUUGUCAAAAACAUUUUAGAACAGUUUAGAAUAUCUGCCUCCUCCUGUAGGAUCUAACACAGGACUAAGUGUAUUGGCUUAGAGGUCAGUUGAUGCUCUCAGCCAGUAACUGUGGCCAUUCAUGGCACGUUUCACUCAUAAGAGCUAACUGGAUUCUUUUGCAAGUAAAAUCUGAAUAAAGGGCUACAGCCACAGCUGCCGUACAAGACCACUGGUGGAAAUUAAAGAGCGUGACCGUGCCCCAGUGAUGAUGUCAGAGCUGGAAGGAAGCAGUCACUUCCUUCCAGCUAACAGAGCGAGCGCGGGAGCCAGGAGGAGACUGCCAUGGAGGAGAGGAGGGAGUCAGAGUGGGGGCCGGACUGGGGAUACAAAGCAGCCCUGUAAAAAAAAUCUAUGCCAGCCCCAUAAGUCAUUGCGCCAUAUAUUAUCGCAUGUAAUAUGUAAGGCUAUGUCUUGCCACCCCAGAUGAUUGAGUAAUAUAUAUAUAUAUAUAUAUAUAUAUGUGGCAAACCUAGCCACUCAGACUAUAACUGGACACUAUGCCUUUAAGGGUUGCCUAUAGGUCUGGAGAGAGAUGCGUUGUAACUGUAUGUGCCUGCUUCAUGUAUUCCCUGCAUUACC